AUGGUCCCACCGUGCCUACCACGUCGGGGGCGGCUCUCGAGUCUCAACAGCAUUAUCAAUGGAUCCAAAAAAUACCCACUAGCGCCUGCCAAGCUUCAAGAACUUGCUGUGGAGCGCCCAACAACGCCUACUAGCGCUCCUGCGGCCAGUCGUCAUCACUGCAACUCUGGUUCUUGCAGCCAGUUACAAGGCCUUCUGUUGCAAGCAGUGGACGGCCGAAGAAUAUAUACCAGGGAAAGCUGGAUGAUAUCCGGAGAGCACCUCCACGAAUCUAAUAGGUCUCAUUGCAAAGGCAUGAUCACCGGACGUUCAAUCGCCACUUUGGUGAUAUUCAUCAUCUCAAUACUCUUCGUAAUCCACCCAGUCUCCUUCCAUGUCCGACUACCAUACUUCGGUACGAGGCGGGUCGGCCUAGGGCUUGCCACAGCACCAAUCAUCGCCAUCGCCAUCCUAUGGGCUGCGCAAUGUCUCGGGCCGACUCAGAUCCGCAAUGGCAUCGUAGGCGUCGACGGGGUGAAGCCAUACAACAUCCUCAUCCUUUUCUUUUCUCUGGCGUACAUGGCCAUCACCCUCGACAUCACUGGGAUACUCCAGUCCGCCGCAUUCUGGGUCAGUAACAAAGGCGGUUCGAACGGAUACAAGCUCUACCUCUACUUCUACCUCAUGUUGACGGUCCUCAGCAUCUUCCUUGGAAACGACCCCAUCAUUCUGUCUGGAACAGCAUUUCUGGUGUAUUACACGAAGGUUGCAGAGCUCGACCCUGUGUCCUGGCUUAUGUCCGAAUUUGCGGCUGCCAACACUGCCAGCAUGGUCCUGUUCGUGGGGAACCCAACCAAUGUUGUCAUCUGCGAAGGCUUCAGAGUAAAUAAUGUUGCAUUCACGGCGUACACAAUUCUACCAUUCCUGGGAUGCAGCCUCUUCUGCUUCGUUGCUCUCGCUAUCCAGUUCCGCAGUAAAAAGUACAUUCCGAAAAACCUCCCGGUCACGGGGGACUUGGAUGUCCGAUCAGUCCUCCUCGAUCCGAAAGGCGCUCUAGUCGGCAGCAUCCUACUUGCUGGUUGCCUCAUAGUCAUAAUCAUCGUCAGUUUCUUCCAUGUCGAUGUGUGGAUGAUCACCCUCCCCUUCGCCGUCGCCAAAUUUAUCUUCGAUAUUUCUUGGGACCACUAUCGAUACAUCAAAGGGAUUCCCAUGUUGGGCAUGACCAGUCCGAAGCGCAAACGGUCUGCGGACUCUGGUUCGGACACCAUCCCUGUUCCAGACGCUCCUUCAGACGAGACUGCCAUUCGCCAGCUAUCUAAACACUUCAGUCACGCUAAUGACGCGCCUACUCAGACCCUACUUUCGACUAUGAGAACAGAGUUGACGAUUGUAGAUGGGUCUGCUCUUGGCGCCUCGGAAACGAUGGUUCUCCCAACUCGCACCGAAUCUCCCACCCCAGUUGAGCAUUUGCCUGCUCAGGCUCCCGGGCUCACCCACAGAACGAGUACACCUAACGAACUACCUCCUCCCGGGUCAUCUAAUGAUCCGCGUGACGACAAAAAGAAAUCAAAAUUAUACUCUCUAUCCCAUCAUUUUCCAACCUUUUUCACUGCUCUUCCUCGGUUGCCGUUCAAGUUGGUGCCAUUCGCAUUUUCACAGUUCAUCCUCAUCGAAGCGUUGACCCAUCAAGGAUGGAUAGAGCUCUUCUCCGAUUGGUUAGUUCGCGCAACUGACCGCCAAAUGCACCCCGUCGUCUGGCUCAUUGGUGUCCUGGGUGUCGCCCUCUGCAACAUAUCUGGGACCAACAUUGGGGCCACUAUUCUCCUCACGAAAGUUAUUCGUGCCGCUCAGUUGCCGCCGGCUAGUGAUCGCGCUGGCGCCAUAGCGCUUGCCGUUGCAAGUAACAUCGGCGCCGUCAGCUUUACGUUCAGCGCGAGUCUCGCAGGCCUACUCUGGCAAACCAUUCUGAAGCAGAAAGGAAUCACCAUCACGCAGACGACCUUCGCGAAGUGGAAUGCUCUGCCUUUGUUGAUGAUGACAUGUGUGGGACUGGCGAUAGUGUCCGCGGAGAUGGCGGUCAUAACCUGA